UUGAUUUUGCUGGAACAACCAGCGGCAGCUCACUGGCAUGAAUUCGGAAUCUAAAUUAUGGAUCAGCCGGAUUAAAAUUUCGUUUUCCGUGUAAUUUUUGUUUAUAUCGCCAGUUGGUGCUUAUCAUCGUUCAUCAUGGCUCUACAAAUCUCAAUCCUGAGGUUGAUGGGUUGCUCAUCAAACAUGCUGAGCCAACUCCUCCUCCUCCCCCAGAAGAGAUCGCUCCACGUGUGCCCUUGUCCCUGCAAAAAUGCCUCCUUUGACGUAUCCCGACAAGCGAGAUUCAUCAAGAAACUGAUGACGGGGUCAAGUCAUUCCAAGAAAAAGUUUUUCACCGUGGAUCAACCCGUGUCAAAAACGUUUGUUGAGAUGGGGACCUCUGUACGCGGUGGGGGAGUUUCUGGAGCUCCUGUCAAGUCGAAAAAAUGCUUGCGACGAGUAGAAGUUCUCAAUGCAUUGUUUAUGGAACAAAUUACAAGUAUGAUGUCCACUGGGGAAGUCUCUCAAGAACUCCUUGGACUAGGUCUAAUUGUCUCCAGAGUAAACGUGUCCAAUGAUUUUUCUCGAGUAAACGUUUACUGGGUGGGUUCCGGGACGUGUAAGGAUGACGUUAUCGAACCCAUCCUAAGAAAAGCGGCUGGCAGGUUGCGACAUGAAUUGACCCAACUAAGGGUGAUUGGAAUAGUUCCCCCAAUAGAAUUUGUGAAGGACAAGACACACUCCAAGAUUGCCGAAGUGGAAUAUCUUUUAACCAAAUGCGACUUUGGGGAUGACUUUGUACCCACUACCUCAAAUAAUUUGUUUUCUCAAAUAAGUCCUAAAUAUUUAAGGCAACAACAGGAUGUAACUGUUGUGUCGUCGGAUGAUGCUGAACAAGUCCCUGCAGAAGUAUCUACUCCAACCUUCGAAUCGGAAUUGUAUGAUUCGAUUUCUAUGCGACAAGAUGUUCUUGGAGUUCGCCAUGACGUGAUACGAAAUCAGAUCACAGAGAUGGUUAAAAGAGUUCACACUAAAAAGGCAAAGCUUACAACAGUGCCUGAGCAAGACUUGGAGGAGGAUCCGGAUGCUGAACGUCUCCAUUCUCCAUUGUUAUCCACAUUACGGAGAACUAAUGAGGAGAUUGUCGCUGAGAAAAAGAGACAGCAAGAUUUUUUCAAGUAUCUAAAGAAGCAGCAGCUCGCAAAAACUGUCCAAUUAAAACAGUUGACCACAAAAGCCAACGACCAGGAAUUUUAUUAUGAAGAGGCAUUUGAGAGAUGGCGAAAAGCAACUUUCGACAUAGACAACGCGUUCGACGACGAAAAAGAGGACGACGACUACCCAGAGGAAACGUAUUAUUCUGGCAAUAAUGUGCACAGAUAGAAUAAAGUUUUGAUUUGCCGAUUUAUUAUUAGGAAAAUAGACAAUAAAAUUACAAUCACAUAUUAGGAAUGUGAAAAUGUUGAAA